CCUGGAUGAAUUCGACAUUCCGCCUUCGGCAUCCGUUAGUCAUUUAUGGCGCGCAGGCAUUCUUACAGAACUCACAGCGUGUUCUUUAGUCUUUUUCCGACGCUGCUUCUGUUCUUCUGUGGGAGUUCUCGCUUUCGUUACUUAGUUAUAGAUAGAGCAGGUCGUUGGUCUCUGACCGCGUUUUUUCGUUUCCCUACCGUUCUCUGGAAAUCUGUAGAUGGCGUAAUUUCAGGGAAGGAAAGUGGUUUUCUAGAAAUGUUUCAAGCUUUUUCUCCGGAAGAAAGGGCAGUUUCGACUUCUCUCUCGAGGCCCGAUUCGACAACUAUACACGACUUCACAGAGCAGGAGCUCGUGCAGGCUGGGAAGCUUCUGAGACUUCUGAAGCUCCGCAUGCAGCGAAACGACAAGUACUCAAGUUCUGCAGGGGCACAAGGCAAACAUCCUUUCGCCCGCAUUGAUGGCGCCGUUUCAAGAACCAAGAGAGGAAACGACGGAGGAAAAAAACGCGCCCAGCACGAGACAGAGAACGCAGUUCGUCAUGAUCGACAGUUCCGCACAAGUGGAGGAAGAGCUGAACAAGGGAAACUUGAGAAAAGUCCGGAACGUCGGACACAAGAAGAAGAAAAAUUUCCGACAGACCACUGGGAGGGGUGUGACCUCCGCAGACUGUCGCGCGAGCUGAAAAAAGCCCCAUGUUUUGCAAGGGUUUCGGAGAAAAAAGAAAGAGGAGAACCAGGCUGGCGAGAGCGGUUGACUAGCAGCUCCUUAGAAGAGGAGAAAUUUCCUUUUUCUUUCCGUAAGGAAUCGACACGGUCGCACAGAGUGCACAGCAACUCUCGCGAUACCCUGCGGAAGUCUCUAUCGGCUGCGUUUGAUGAAACCUGUUCGCCUUCGGCUCUUUCGGAGUUUUCCUUGCCCGAGAAAGCGGGCACAUAUCCCGCCCGUCGCAGCAACUGCGAAGCCGAGCAUCUCAUCCCGUUGUCUUCGUCUGUGUGUCGGAGAAACGCUUCUCCGUCGCGGGAAGACAAUCCCGAAGACGACCUCUGUUGUGCCGUUGGGCUCGCGUGCGGCACGAGUUCGAGAGAAAGCGACUCUUCAGCGUUUUCUCUCUCCAGGGCGUCUUGCCAGCUUGGCAGCUGUUCAGACACAGGGGUGCGCAUGCCUUUAGAGAAAACGCAAACCACAGCGAGAGUGAAUUCUUCGUCUUUGUUGGCGGGGCGCCUCUGCGAAAGCAGCCAGCUCGAGUUCGAAACGGUCCCGAGGACUGCCCGUUCUGAAGGAGCUGGAGAGAAGCAGCAGAGGAAACACGGGCCGCCACCCGACCGAAUCGCUAUCUGUCGCCUCGCUUCGGGUCAGGCGAAGCGCGGCAAAGUAAAACGCACAGAACGCACAACAAGAUCCAGCACUGUGUCCGGAACGGAGCAGAGGUCUACAGACACCGAGCAAGAGCGCUUCGCCUCGCUGCCAAGCCGCUCUUCUGUGUCCGAGUGGAACAAGAACAAAUCCGAAAGGGAACCGCUUUCCACCAAAUCGACUUUUGACCAGCUCCCGUCUGACGAAAGCGACAGCGUCCCCUGCGCCAGCGAUGCGGAGGGGAAAGACGACGCGGAAAACGAGCGCUCUGAAGCAGAGCGAGAGGUACGAAAUUUCGCUGGUGAACCGAUCGCUUCCGGGGCGCGCAUCAUCGCGAAAAAACGAGACACGCUCAGUCUGGACGAUCCAUCGGUCGGCCCAUCUCAAUCCUCCUAUCCAAACGUGACUCCGGUCGAAGAAGUGUCUGCCGGACAAACACAUGAAAGCCAUACACUGACGUGAGAGCAGCUGCGUUUUUUGAAGAAACGGGGCGAUAAAGAAUGCCGGGGAUGAUGGUUCUUCGCUCCUCUGCUUCCUUUGCUUUUUGCCUGGAUCCACAGUGUCCAGACUGCGGGCGAACAUUCAUCAGCAGCUCUUUCGAAAAGCAUGUCAAAGUUUGCCACAAGGUCAGUGCCGCUGACAAAGACACCAUAAACGGAAUGUAUACGUGUAUACAUCUGCACAUGCCAA